AUGUCUGAAAUAUUAUAUAGAAAGAAUAUUCUAAAAUUUCCAUUGUUAAAUAUAUUCAUUAUUAUAUUAAUUUCAUUUAUAUUAAUAACAAUAUUUUUAAGAUAUAAUGAAUUUUAUCAAAAAUAUCCAAUAUUAACACUUUCUGUUACGAAUUCAUUACUUGGAGGUAUUUCUAAUAUGUCUGCACAAACAAUUUCUGCUAUACAUUCCCGUCUGAGAAGAAUUAAUUCAUUUAAUUUAAAAACAAAAAAGGUUGAAAUGGAAAAUAUUAGCUUAGAUAAUCCCGACAAAUCAUACACAACUUUUUAUAUACCGUCUGCAUUUCGUUUUUCACAGUUAAUUCGGUUUAUGAGUUAUAAUUUUCUUACAACACCUAUUCAACUUUGGUGGUAUUCUUUUCUUGAUCAUUUAUCUACAAUUUCUAGAAUUUCUAAUACUGCAGAAUUAAUUAAAAGGAUUUUAAUGGAUCAAUUUCUUUUUACUCCUAUAAGUUUAACUUUUUAUCUUGUUUUUAUGUCUUUAACAGAGGAACUAAGUAAAAAAAAAUUAAAAAAUAAGUUUAAUCAAGGCUUUUUUUCCAUAUUGAAAGCUAAUUAUUGUAUUUGGCCUGCUGUUCAAUUAAUUAAUUUCAAAUACAUACCUUUAAAAUAUCAGAUACCAUUUCUCAAUAGUAUAUCUAUAUUUUGGACCAUUUAUUUAACCAUCUGUGAUUUAAAAACAUCUUAUUAAUUUUACACUUAUUUAAAUAGUAAAUUUCUUAUUUUUAAAAAAAUUCUAUAGAUAUAAAUAUAAUUUUAUCUUAAA